AUGGAUGUGAAAAACACAUUUCUCUAUGGCGAUCUAGAAGAAGUUGUGUUUAUGAAACCACCACCUGGGUGUGUUCUGCCAAGACCAAAUGCAGUUUGUCAUCUUCGAAAAUCUCUUUAUGGCUUAAAACAGGCUCCCGAGCUUGGUAUCACAAGACUUCUCAUCUAUGUUGAUGAUAUCAUUAUCACAGGAAAUUAUCUAGAGAAAAUUACUAAGUUGAAAGAAUUCUUGCAUACCUCAUUUAAGAUGAAGGACUUGGGACGACUGACAUACUUUCUUAGACUUGAGGUUUUAUACUUGCCUACUGGGAUCAUGCUUACACAACAAAAGUAUGCUCAUGAUCUUGUUGUAAGGGCUGGUCUUACUGAUGACAAGGUUGUGUACACCCCAAUGGAGAUUAAUACAAAGUAUAAGGAGGUUGAUGGAGAACCAUUCAAUGAUCCAACAUUGUAUUGGCAGUUGGUGGGAUCCUUAGUUUAUCUCACUAUGACAAGGCCAGACAUCUCAUAUGCAGUACAGGUUCUAAGUCAGUUUAUGAUUAAUUCUUACCGUAUAGAUCACACUACAUUUCUUCGUCUCAUUCGAUAUAUUCAUGGUUCUAUGAGUCAAGGUGUUCUUUUCCGUUCUGAUUCUUCUAUACAUCUUGAAGGAUAUACUGAUGCAAAUUGGGCUGGUUGUCCUACUUCUCGUCGCUUUAUUACUGGUUGGUGCAUGUUCUUGGCACAUCCUUGA